CGCUGCCGCCGCCGCAGCCGGGGUCGGGAUUUGAAAGAUUAAAAACUAGAGGUAGAAAGGGCGGCGGCGUUGAAUGUGUCGCGGGAGCACCGGGGGCCACGGCUCGGCGCGGGCCGGACAGCCGGCGGUGUCUCCUCACCAUGAAUUACCCCGGCCGCGGUUCCCCGCGGAGCCCGGAGCAUAACGGCCGGGGCGGCAGCGCCGCCUGGGAGCUGGGCUCAGACGCGGAGCCAGCGUUCGGCGGCGGCGUCUGCUGCUUCGAGCACCUGCCGGGCGGGGACCCUGGCGACGACCAGGUGCCCCUGGCUCUGCUGCGGGGUGAGCCGGGACUGCACUUGGCGACGGGCGCCGAGGACCGCAACCACCACCUGGCGCUGGACCCCUGCCUCAGUGACGAGAACUAUGACUUCAGCUCGGCCGAGUCGGGCUCCUCGUUGCGCUACUACAGCGAGGGCGAGAGCGGUGGCGGCGGCGGCGGCAGCACCUCGUCACUACACCCGGCGCAGCAGCCGCCGCUGGUCCCGUCAAACUCCGGAGGCGGCGGGGCUGCGGGAGGGGGUUCCGGGGAGAGGAAGCGCACUCGGUCGGGGGGCUCGGCCGCCCGGCACCGCUACGAGGUGGUGACGGAGCUGGGCCCGGAGGAGGUGCGUUGGUUCUACAAAGAGGACAAGAAGACCUGGAAGCCCUUCAUCGGCUACGACUCUCUCCGCAUCGAGCUUGCCUUCCGGACCCUGCUGCAGGCCACGGGCGGCCAGCCCCAGGCCGAGGACUCGGACGGGGUCCCAGCCUCCGGCCCGGCCUCGCCAGUGGAGGACGACGAUGAGGACGGCGUCUGCGGCUUCUGCCCGCGCAGUGCGGGGCAGGAGCCCGAGAUGGAGGAGCUGGUGAACAUCGAGCGGGUGUGUGUGCGGGGCGGCCUCUACGAGGUGGAUGUGACCCAAGGAGAGUGCUACCCGGUGUACUGGAACCAAGCUGAUAAAAUACCAGUAAUGCGUGGGCAGUGGUUUAUUGAUGGUACUUGGCAACCUCUAGAAGAAGAAGAAAGUAAUUUAAUUGAACAAGAACAUCUCACUUGUUUUAGAGGUCAACAGAUGCAGGAAACUUUUGAUAUUGAAGUGUCAAAACCCAUAGAUGGAAAAGAUGCUAUUCAUAGUUUCAAGCUGAGUCGAAAUCACGUGGAUUGGCACAGUGUGGAUGAAGUUUAUCUUUAUAGUGAUGCAACAACAUCUAAAAUUGCAAGAACAGUUACCCAAAAACUGGGAUUUUCUAAAGCAUCAAGUAGUGGGACCAGACUUCAUAGAGGUUAUGUAGAAGAGGCCACAUUAGAAGACAAGCCAUCACAGACUACCCAUAUUGUAUUUGUUGUACAUGGCAUUGGGCAGAAAAUGGACCAAGGAAGAAUUAUCAAAAAUACUGCCAUAUACAUGUCGAGACUUCUCAGAAAUACAGACAAGAAGGACACUGUUGAUUCUAUUACUCCUGACAAAGUUCGAGGCUUACGGGAUAUGCUGAACAGCAGUGCAAUGGACAUAAUGUAUUAUACCAGUCCACUUUAUAGGGAUGAACUAGUUAAAGGCCUUCAACAAGAGCUCAAUCGAUUAUAUUCCCUUUUUUGUUCUCGGAAUCCAGACUUUGAAGAAAAGGGGGGUAAAGUCUCAAUAGUGUCACAUUCUUUGGGAUGUGUAAUUACUUAUGACAUAAUGACUGGCUGGAAUCCAGUUCGACUCUAUGAACAAUUACUGCAGAAGGAAGAAGAAUUGCCUGAUGAGCGAUGGAUGAGCUAUGAAGAAAGACAUCUUCUUGAUGAACUCUAUAUAACGAAACGACGGCUGAAAGAAAUAGAAGAACGGCUACAUGGAUUAAAGGCUUCAUCUAUGUCACAGACACCUGCCUUAAAAUUUAAGGUGGAGAAUUUCUUCUGCAUGGGAUCCCCACUAGCAGUUUUUUUGGCAUUGCGUGGCAUCCGCCCAGGAAACUCUGGAAGUCAAGACCAUAUUUUGCCUCGAGAGAUUUGUAACCGGUUAUUAAAUAUUUUUCAUCCAACAGAUCCAGUGGCUUACAGAUUAGAACCACUAAUAUUGAAACACUACAGCAACAUUUCACCUGUCCAGAUUCACUGGUAUAAUACUUCAAAUCCUCUACCUUAUGAACAUAUGAAGCCAAGCUUUCUCCAUCCGGCAAAAGAACCUACCUCAAUUUCAGAGAACGAAGGCAUUUCAACAAUACCAAGCCCUGUGACCUCACCAGUUUUAUCCCGCCGACACUACGGAGAAUCUAUAACAAAUAUAGGCAAAGCAAGCAUACUAGGUGCUGCUAGCAUUGGAAAAGGACUUGGAGGAAUGCUGUUCUCAAGGUUUGGACGUUCAUCUGUUCCAUCGGAGACAUCAAAAGACACUAUAGAAGAAGAAAAGAAGCCAGUCCCCUCACCACCUCCUGCCACUGUGGCAACACAGACUCUUCCACAUAGCAGCUCUGGCUUUCUUGAUUCUGCAUAUGUCAGACUUCAGGAAUCGUUAUUUAAUCUCCCACAACUUCUUUUUCCGGAAAAUGUAAUGCAGAAUAAAGAUAAUGCCCUCGUGGAAUUGGAUCACAGAAUUGAUUUUGAACUCAGAGAAGGCCUUGUAGAGAGCCGCUACUGGUCCGCUGUCACAUCGCAUACUGCCUAUUGGUCGUCCUUGGAUGUUGCCCUCUUUCUCUUAACCUUUAUGUACAAACAUGAGCACGAUGAUAACACAAAGCCCAACUUAGAUCCAAUCUGAACUCUUGAAGGACAUUGGUGGCCCAAAACUGAUUUUUUUUUCUGUUAAAAUAUGUGUGUCAAGAUAUGGAGAUUUCAGUUUAAGUAUGUUUCAGUUUUGUUUAGAGCAAAAAAUAAUUUAAAGCACUUUAUUUAAAAAAGAAAAAAAGAACUCAGUCCAAAAGAAGUCAUUUUCCAUUUUCAUCAUUUGAUUCUGAGUCUUUCAGAACUCCCUGCAUGACCUGGAAGUGAAUGAGGAAGGUUUGGAGAAAUGCAAGGUUAUAAAUCACAAUCUAAUUUCUCCCAAAUAUAACGGUAUAUUAUUGGGCUGAAUCUGGUAUAUAAACCAAAUAUGUUAUCAUCUAAAAUGGUCAGAAUAGCCAGUUUAUCCCUGUGUAAAAUUUAUAAGGUGGUUGGUAUCCUUGUGAUUUCUACUAAAGAUUCCACUUCCACAGUUCUUUGAAAGAAGAGUAUAGCAGAUUUAAAGUGUUUUGAAAUUAACCUGUUUAGGAAAACUAAUGCUAAAACAAAAAUAUCUCAACUAUAUUUUUAAUUUAUUGCCUCUGACUAAUUGCUUUAUUUCAAUGUGUGAAACAUUACAUUCUUUAAAAUAUUUCCUUUGAACAGUUUAAGAACCACGUUUAUUUUCUCUAGAGUUAAGACCCCACCUUUCUCUCCCCCCCCCCCAAGAAAUCCAUCUUUGUACUCUUCAGAUGAAUAUAGAGACACUGUGGCUUACUUUCAGUAUUUGUUUUUCCAUUAAAAAUUUGUGGUUUCACACAGAUAACACUAGUUAUUUUUUUAAAAAUGAAAUUUGUAUUUUGUCACAUGUACCUCAGAGAAAGCUAAAGUUUUCUAAACUUGACACAGAGUGCUUCAUAAUGGGUACAUCUUGUUAACUUUGAUGGAAAGUUAGUAUGACAGCUACUUUACAUAUAUAACAUCAGUGUGCCAAACAAUUAAUGUAUAUAUUGGAAUGGUGUGCCACUGACAAAUUUUACUUUUAGUAUUUUAAGAAAACAUGAUUGAGGCAUAAAGCACAAUAGAUCAGGAUUCUGAGGUGUUGGAAAAAUUUUCCUCAGCUAUAAUUGUUGACACAGUGCUUUUCAUCUGAGGAACUCAAAGUUCUUUUAAGACUCAGUAAUCUAUGUAGUAGCUCCUUGAGGUAAGUAUGAGUGUUCUCUCAUGUUCUGUUUUAAUAUACCAAGGCACCAAAACAUUUAAAGUGCCUCAAUUUAGAUUAUGGAGAAAGCUAGAAAAGCUUAGAUUGAAGCCAGACCGUUUUAUAUGCCAUACAGUGACUAAUAAUUCACUUAAGACCUCUUAGUUUGCAAACUAACAACAGAGGUUGCAUUUCAUAAUUUGGAGAAACUACUUUGAAGCCAAUGUUUUAUCCUACUUAUACAUUCUUGAGUUUUCACAUACUUGAGGAAGAAUUACUAGAGGGAAUGAGUAGCCAUCUCUGCCACAACCAAUCCUCACUUCAGAGUGGCUUCCACUAGGUUCCACUUAAGGUGCUGUCUUUGCUUACCUUGCAAGGAUUCUCUUUGCCUCCCACUAAUUUGUCAGCUGGUAGCAGAGUUGGUCAGUUGCACAUCUAACCUCCUCCUUCCUUUAUAAGGUAGUAGAAGCUGUGACUUAAUUUGUAGCUUUUACUCAGCACAUGUCCUCGUGUUUUUUGAACUUUCAGUUAAUUUGCACAACAUAAAUCACUUCAUUUUAGUGUUUAAAAAGAUUUGUAGGCUCUGUGACCAAAUGUGUAACUAAGAAUCCCUUACUAUAAAAGACUUUUGAUGUGAUCUUAGCAAAACUGAACCUUUCAAAUUUAGAGAUUUCUGCGUACUCAGGUCAUUUUCAUACCCUGUUUAUUUUGUAGGUCUAAUUUAGUUCUCAGGAAACCUAAGCUCAUGUCUCAUACCACUCAUGUUUUGAACUCAUGUAUCACUGAAGGUACAUGUGCAUAUGUUGCUAUAGAUGGUAUGACACUAAUCCCUAAGCUUUAAGGGAUUCAUUCUUAACCGCUAAGAUGUGAAGAGCCCUUUUUACCUGAGAAGAGAAAAAGUCAAUCAAACCUCUUAAUUUGUUAUUGAAUAAAAAGAAAAUAUAUUCCCAUAUCUGUUGGAAUAUAUCUGCUUCUGUUUUUUCAUAUUGAGAAAACAAAAUCAAAUUUAACCAUGUGAAAUUUAUUUGAAUUCUUGAAAAUAGUGACAUUCAAAGCCCCCUUUUCAAAAUGAGAUAAUCUGGAUUACUGGACAGGUUUUUUUUGUUUGUUUUCAGUUUAUUGUUUCAUCAAUAGAGAUGGUGAGCUUGAUUUUGCAGUAUCUUGUUUCCAGUCUCUGCAUGUUAUAUCAUGGAAUGUAUUUGUAUAUACUCAAGUAAUAUACAGAGUAUGUGUAAUUCUGGCUUGAUUUAGAAGCUAAGUCAGUUACUGAGUAACAUUUUGCAACUUUAUUCCAGCAAGUACUAAAUUAGCCAAAAAGUUCUGUUUUUGAUACCAUUAAAAUUUUAUUCUCUAUUUUGUGUAUAUGCUAUGAUGAUUCUUCUGAGUAAUCGAUCACUCAAUUUGAAUCCAAUUAGGCUCUCAAGAGAUACUGAGAUUUAAGAAUGGUUUGGAUUAAAUCUUGUUUUAUCUUUAAGAUUGGGCU